AUGAACGCUAUGGCUGAUAUGCAUUUAAAUGAUACCUCUUCAAAGAGAUGGAAGGAAUUGUUACCUCAUUCCAUUGGUAGACAAUCUGUCGAUAAAAAUUUACAUACUACUUAUGCUGAAGGUGUUGCAGAAAAAUUCCCAAAAGAAUUCCAAAAGACUCAUAUUGAAGAUCUUUUACAUUUCACUGCUAAUGAAUUAGGUAAAACUGGUUACGCAAUUAAGGAUGAUGGUGAUAAGAUUGCUCAUUUGUUCUCUGGUAAGAACGGUGCCGUUCAUGUCUUAUUCACCCCAAAGGGAGCCGCUGAAACUAUCGUUUAA